UCCGAUGCGUCUGUAACUGUCCGGCGGGAAACUGCGAUGUAACAUCUUUGUGUAACGCGCAGUUUAUGAAACAGACCAUAGUUGUCCGCCGUUCUGUCCACUCAGCAAUGUCCCGCAUUCUUAACGGAAUCGUGGCGGUGUGCCCUGACCUGGGUAUUGGGAAGAAUGGAGACCUGCCCUGGCAUCCUGUCCGACUCAAUAACGAAUUCAAACAUUUCCGAAAGAUGACAUCGAAUUCAUCUGCGACAGGUAAACAGAAUGUGGUGAUCAUGGGCAGGAAGACGUGGUUUUCUAUCCCAGAGAAGAACAGACCUCUGAACAACAGGAUCAACAUUGUCCUCAGUAGGCAGUGCAAAGUUCCCCCUGCAGGAGCACACCACCUAGCAGCAGACUUCAGCUCAGCUCUCAGGCUCAUUGACACAGAGUUGGCAGACCAGGCUGACCAGGUCUGGGUUAUAGGAGGCAGCUCUCUCUACAAGGAGUUGAUGGAGAGCCCGGGGAGCAGGAGACUGUUUGUCACGCGAAUCCUGAAGCAGUUUGAGUGUGACACUUUCCUCCCUGAAAUCAGUCCAGACAAAUAUCGUCUACUGCCAGGGUUUCCAGGAGUGCCUGGAGAGCUGCAGGAGGAGAAUGAUAUCCAGUAUAGAUUUGAAGUCUAUGAGAGCAUAGAACAAUGAAGGGCAAAAAAGAAGAAAAACAGUCCCUGUGAUUUUGUAAACGGGUACCAGAACAAUGUAAAUGCUGGACUUGCAUUGAUUUUGUAAAAUGUGAUUUGUACAGUUGGAUGGUGACAUUCAAAGUUGUAUUUUUGUUUAGGUUGAAAUAAAUUCUGAUUUCAGUUAUUUA